AUGCAGGAACUCGCAAACGGACUAAAUGUCAACGACGGUCUCCUCAAAAUGCUGUUUCUGCAACGAAUGCCAGCCCAUAUUCGACCCAUAUUGACCAUCAGCGAAGGAGCGUUAGCCAAGCUAGCGGAAAUGGCCGAAACUCCGCAAACAGCUGCCGUAUCUAUGAAAUCCGAGGCAAAUGAAGAGAUGCAAAAAAUAAAGGAACAACUGGAGGUGCUCAGCACGGAAUUCCGUCGAUUCAAGCCUGGCCCGACUCAGGAUAUCGAUCGUCGUCGGGGUCGAUCGUCGUCACGCUCCAGAAGCGAAUCAGAUGUAUGCUGGUACCAUCGAAAGUACGGAGAACAUGCAGAACGAUGCAAGCAGCCGUGCAAUUAUAACCAACCAAAAAACUAA